ACCGCCUUUAUAAACACAAUCCUAACAGAAUCGAUCCCAAUUCACAAACCACCAUGGGAGAAGCAAUUCUGUUGAAUCUGAAUAUAGCGGUAGCUCUCAAAGUCGAGAGAAACACUGAUGGUUAUACGGCAACAGUCCAUUCGACGGAGGCGACAGUCUUAACGCCGGUCGUCAUUACACCGGCGGUUACAAACGCCGCUAAUCGCAACGCAACCGUCGCAAAUUCCUCUUCCACUCCUCCUCCUCCUCCUCCUCCGGUCGAUAAUCUGGUUAGAAUCGCCGCUAAUCUCAACGCAACCGUCGCAAAUCCCUCUUCCACUACUCCUCCUCCUCCUCCUCCUCCUCCGCCGCCACUGCAUGGAACGGAGGCGGGAAACGAAAACGCCGCGAAUGACGACUCCGCGCCUCCGUCUCCGGUCGAUAAUCUGGUAAACUCAACCAUCGGAAACCACUCAUUCACUCAUCCUCCGUCGCCACUGUUUGCAACGACGGUUAGAAACGCCGCUAAUCUCAACGCAACCGUCGCAAAUCCCUCUUCCACUACUCCUCCUCCUCCUCCGCCGCCGCCACUGCUUGGAACGGAGGCGGGAAAUGAAAACGCCGCUAAUGUCAACCCCGUGCCUCCGUCUCCGGUCGAUAAUCAGGUUAACUCAACCAUCGGAAACCACUCAUUCACUCAUCCUCCGUCGCCACUGUUUGCAACGACGAUCACUGGAAACUUCUCCACUCCUCCGUCUAACAAUUCUUCUCCUGCGGUAUGGUUAUGAAUCUAGAAAAGCAGGCAAUAUUUGCCCCCAACGUUUGUAAAUUUGAAAAAGCCCUUUGCAAUCAAGCUAUGGAAUGGUUCUGAUGAGAAUGUUGCAUAUCUUCUUAUGGUGACUUUCCCAUCUUAUUUAUCGUUAAAUGUUUCGACAUUGGUGUGAAGUAACAAAAUGUGACUUUAUAU